AUGAAAGAUGUGGGUCCAGCUAAGAAGAUUUUGGAUAUGGAGAUCUAUAGGGAUCGGGUUAGGGGUAAGCUUUUCCUGACUCAGAAAAGUUACAUCGAAAAGAUUUUGUCUCAUUUUGGGAUGGAGAAAUCGAAGCUUAUAAGUACACUAACAUUUGUGAGCUGCAAAUUGUCUUUGUCUAUGUCACCUCAAACUGAGGAAGAGUUGGCGCCGGAUAUUGCGCACACUGUUAGUGUUGUGAGUAUGUUCAUGGCUCAACCUGAGAGAGAGCCCUGGCAGGGGGUGAAAAGGAUUUUUCUCUACUUGAGAGGGACAACUGAUAUUGGUCUUGUGUAUGGGAAUUGUAAGGAGUGUUUGGUAACUAGAUAUAGUGAUUCUGAUUAUGCAGCUGAUGUGGAUUCCAGGUGGUCGGUAACCGGUUAUGUGUUCACUUUGGGUGGUUCUGUGGUUAGUUGGAAGUCUACAUUGCAGUCUUUGGUUACGUUGUCUACUACUGAAGCUGAUUAUAUGGCUAUAACUUCUGCAGCUAAAGAGUCGAUUUGGCUCAAAGGCCUUGUAGGUGAACUGGGUAGUGCACAAGAUUUUGCUCGGAGGCCCUUAAGGGCAGUGUUGGGGAACUCCUGUUGUAGGCAUGUUGACCUUAAGGUGGAGCUUGCCCGAGACUUGUGA